UUUGACACAUGUCAAUGGUUCAAUGUAAAAUACACUUGGCUCUAAUCUUGUUUUCCUUUCCCAACUCAAUCACCGGAGGAAUUUAUUAUUUAUUUCGUUUUAUUUGUUGAACAAAAAGUUCAAGCUUUCGGCCGAAGUUUUUUUUAAAGUAAAGUCAACAACACAUAGAAAAUGGAACGAAACUACACCGAAGAUCAAGCGAAUGAAGUUGAAGCGCUCGAAUCAAUUUACUGCGAUGAUAUCGAAGUGUUGGACAGAGCUCCACACAAAUUCAAUAUAAACAUAUCAACGGAAGAGUAUGAUGCGGAAACAGAAAGCAAUGGUCUAUCGUGUCAAUUGGUUUUCACGUACACAACAAAAUAUCCAGACACAGCGCCCGAAGUGGAAAUUGAAAAUGCCGUCAAUUUCGAAGAUGAUUACGAAGAAAAACUGUUGGAACACAUCAAAGAAACGAUUAACGAAAAUUUGGGCCUUGAAAUGAUAUUUUCAUUGGUUAGCAGUGCGCAAGAGUGGCUAAACGUUAAAUGGGAUGACUUUAAAAAAGAAGAAGAAAAUCGCGCGGAACAAAAACUCAAAGAAAUAGAAGAAGCCGAACGGAAAAGAUUCGAAGGUACGCGUGUUACCGUUGAAACUUUCCUCAAAUGGCGGAAUGAAUUCGAACAAGACAUUGGUCUGGCGGAGAAACGUGAAAAGCAAUCCACCAAUCGAAAGUUAACGGGGCGCGAAUUAUUUAUGCAAGAUAAGACAUUGAACGAUUCGGAUUUGAAAUUCUUGGAAGCGGCUGGUGAAUCUAUCGAAAAUGUCAAGAUCGAUGAAUCAUUGUUCCAGAAUUUAGAAGAAUUAGAUUUUGGUUCAGACGAUGAUGACGACGAUGAAGAUUACGUCCCCGGCGCUGACAAUUCCGACUAAAACUACUUUGUUAAUUAGUUUUGUAAGCGAAUUCACAAAAUUCAAUGGAAAACGCUUUUUAAAGUUAUGGCCAAUAAAAUGAAAAACCGAACAUUGAUAUUCUCGCAUAAA